GUAAAUAUGUCAGACGAGGACUGGCCGAUUGUGGCCACCAUCACUGGAAGUGCAUUCCAUGGACCACAGACUCUCCUGGCAAGAGCCCAUGUGAUAACCAACUAUCCGCUGACAUUCAAACCUUUGAAAGAAGAGGAGAUAUUGGGAAAACUCAUCCUUACAAACAAAAGUGAUGGAUCUGAGCAAGUAUUUGAAUUAAUUGGCAAGGGCGAGAAGCCUCUUCCUUUGGAUCAGAUACAACUAACAUGUGGUGCCAGGGCCAGUUUGCAUCACACAGUGAAAGUGCCCAAUGUCACCAGUAAAAGGUUAACCUACAGGGUGGAGUCUGACCUUCCAUUCAUCACUGGCCAGCAGACGAUCACUGUUCUGCCACAUCAGACAGGAAGUUACAAUAUGGUGAUCACUCCCAAUCGGAGGGGACAGUUCAAGGGAAUUUUGGCUUUCAUUGCUGGGAAGUGUCGAGUUAAUGAGACAGACAGUGAUGAGGAUGCAGAACUUGAGAAAGAUGAAGAGUCAGAAUUUCAUGGCUACAGGAUGUGGUACUCCCUGGAAGUAGAUGUGAAAGCCCCACUUCCUGAGAAGACAGUGACAGUUGUCUGUGACUGUUAUAAUAAGACUCUUGUGGAUUUUAUUGUUCGCAACCCAACACCAAAGGAGAUAACUCUGAAAGCAUCUAUUAGAGGUUCUGAACUGACAGGGCCUCUCUCAAUCACUUUGGACCCAGGUGUGAAAGAUGUCUACUCACUGACUUUUGCUCCAACACAAGCUGGCGAGUCAAGGGGAAGCCUAAUAUUUUUCCACGAAGACGUUGGAGAGUUUUGGUAUAACUUGCUUCUGAAAGCAGAGCCACCUGCACCAAAAUCAUUGCCUAAUAUGGAAUGUGAACUAGGAAGCUGGACACGGCAGAUAAUUGCUUUGAACAAUCCGACUGAAGAAGGCAUUGAUUUGUAUCCCUCGGUUUCCAACACAAACAACUUCACCUUAGAGGUUGACACAGAGAAACCAAUAACCUUGAAGCCAGGAUGUGUUACAAAGGUGUCUCUCAAGUUCAAGCCCUCAAAUCUCGGAGACGAGGGCCACAAGGCAAAGGUCACCUUCUUCAGCGACCAGCUUGGAGAGUGGGUUUUCUAUGCAUCAGGGACUGGACUUUUGCCCAAACCUCACUUGCCUGUGGUGACGAAUGCAGCGCCAGGUUCUAGUAGCACCUUGUUUAUUGUGUUCAGAAAUCCCACAGACCUUGCAGUCCUGGCAGACGUAACUAUUGUUGAUAAUGGUCAAGAUGGUGACAGUCUUAAAGAGAAGAGACUAAGCUCAGAGUCAGCUUUUAAACUACUUUUGAAACACAGCAGUGGUGUUCGUGUUGGUCCGAAGUCAUCUUUGGAAAUUCCUAUCAGCUUUGCUCCCAAUGACAGUGCCAGCUACCAGGCAUAUUGCAGGGUUAUCAUGCGACGAGAGGAUGGACAACCAUGGUCAUAUACACCCACAGAUUCACUAGGUAGAAAAUUGCCAUCACACACAGCAAGUGUCAGUGAGAUUCGAUGGCUCUACCCACUUCAUGGAACUACGGAUUCUAUGCCAGGAAAAGAUAUCUUUCAGAUUUCUAGUUCAGUUCACAGUCAGCUGGCCAAAACUCUGGAUGUUUCUCUCACAGACGAGUUUUCCAAGGCAGCCCAUGUCCGGCUGAAAACGCCUAAACAAAAGAAAUCUUCUAUUCCAGAGAGCUCAAUUGUUGGACAUACUCCAGAGACUGCAGAAGAGUACAGUUUUGAACUGUUGUAUGAUAGUGAUGACACCAAGAGCGUCAUUGAGAACUGUGUGGAAGUUAAGAUGAUCAAACACAUGAAAACAAACACAGGAACUGUCACUCUUGUCUUCGAAGUCAACUUUGCUCCAACUGUAAAAAUGGACCAUUUCGUAAAUCUCCUGAUAAAGAAAGCACAAGGUGGUUUCUGGGUAGUUCCCCUCAGAUUCACUGCUACUGGGCGGCCUGUAGACGACACAAUCGUGAUUGAGUCCAGCGGACUGGACAAACCAUCAACUGUUGGGUUUAGGCUCAAUUCUCAGCAACAGCAGCCUGAAGAUUUUGUUGCUUUCUUUGAAAAUGGAAGUGACACAGCAUUUUCUGUAACUCCUGAGAGAGGAGAGUUAGCACCAAAAAAUACAACUGGUACACUGAUAUCUGUCACUUUCUUGCCAAAGAUUUAUGGCAAAGUGUACACCUCGACGCUGAUAGUCAAGACAGCAUCCAACGUGCAGUGGACAUACGAGGUUAAAGGAGUAUUACCGGACUAUCAGCCUCCUCGGGGAGUCUCUGCUCAUCCCAUUGCUGGACCACACCCUCAGCUGAGAUUACAUUCAACCAAGAAGAAUUAUGUUCGCAGAAAUUUGAAGCUCCUGGCCACAGCAGUGUCCUCGCCAAUCAAAGGAGCACCCCUCGUACCAAUAGGCAACGUUUAUAAUAAAGUUGUUAUGUAG